AUGGCAUUUUUAAUAGAUUUUUCCUCAGAUGACGACGAACCUUUUGACGAUGAUGAUGACUUCGUCCCUCCAAGCAAAAUGCCCAAGCCAAGCACCGGCCCAGCUAGGAAUUCAGACAUCCGAACAAGAGCUCGGGAACUUUUGCAAAGAGGAAAAAGACUUGAAGCACAAGCUGCCUUUGGAGGGCAACAGCAGCCACUAGUGCAGCCAGCUGCUCAGCAGUUGGUUCUACCACCAGCGCCACCAGCUCAACCAAUAGCCCAGCAGCCAGCUCAACCAAUAGCCUAUCAGCCAGCUCAACCAAUAGCCUAUCAGCCAGCUCAACCGAUAGCCCAGCACCCAGCUCAGCAGAUUGUCCAGCCACUAGCUGAGGAAGCUCAACAGCCAGCCGUGGGGCCAGUCCAAGAGGCGGGUGCACCACCUCCACCUCCCCCCCCAUCUAAGGUGCGUCAAGCUCGCCUGUCAAGGUUUGAGAGUCAUCAAGCCCAACUGCAAACAGAACAGCAGCAGCAGCAGGCGGCUUCGGAUGUGCCUCCUCCACCACAGCAACAGUCUGCUAUUGAAGAUAGUCAGCAAGCUGCCUCAAGCAAUAUUGAUGUACCUGCGUCUUUCCAGCAGCUGGCUGCUAUUCACAAAGACUCGGAACAAUCCUCAAGUGACUCUGAUGUUUCCGGUCUACCCACGCAGCAGCGUGUUUCACAGCCAGACUCGCAAGCAAGCUCAAUCGUUGCUGUUAUUCCCACUCCACCCAAGGAAUCAGCUGUUCUCCAACCGAGCUCUGCCCAAGGUGCAUCUAGCAGUCCUGAUGUACUUGCUGGACAGUCAUGUCUUCAACUCGCACCAGUUCUACCCUCUGUGCUGAAUGGAGGGAACCCUUCCACUGUAGUGAUCCAAGUUUACAAUUUUAACUCUGGUGGCGGCAGGGCUCAAGCUCAAGAUGAACAGCUUCCCCCAUACAUUCAAAGGAUGCUUGCCGAAUUUAAUCAGAGAUUUAAUCAGCCACCUGCUGUUGUGGAGAUUGCCGAAGAUAAACCUCCAACUGCUUCACCUAGAGUUGCUGUUGUUACUGAGGCCGCUGCUUCAGCUGUAGUAGACCUCACUGACACAGAUGAUGAAGUUUUGCUUCCGAUUCAAUUCUUGCAUGAAUUAAGUCAUUCUCAUUCUGCGUAUGACCUGGUUCCAAGAAGCAGUGCUCCCAUGUUAUGUUCAGCUUUGCAGCUGCACAGAGCAUCAUACAAAAGAAAAAUCUAUUUUUAUUUUGAUAAUAUGAUAACUAAGGCCAGAUUUGAUUAG